AUGUACGAGAUAAUUAGAAGAAAAUGGCUUGAGGAAGCAUUAUCAUCCAUAGUGGAGGACACAGAUGUCAAAAGAAUGAUGACUCAUUUGCAAAUUUUGGAGAAGCCACAAAAUGACGCUAAUGAUGAUGAUAAUGAUGGCCUCACCCAGAAAGAAGAUGCUUUCGAAGAUUUGUCUGUGAUUGUGGAUAACUUAGAUAAUGCAAAUGAUUUCCACAAGAUUGGAGGCUAUCAUGUCAUGAUAAAAUGUCUUUCAAGUGAACACAGUUCUUUAAGAUGGAGAGCAGCUGAUCUCCUUGCUGUGUGUGUUCAGAACAAUCCAUACUGUCAAAAAGCUGCAAUGGAAAUGAACAUUCUUCCAAAGCUUAUCACACUUCUUGAAACUGAUCCAUCAGACAAAGUAAAGAUAAAGGCAUUGUACGCCAUAUCAUGCCUAACAAGAGAUUUCCCACCAGCUGAGGAGGCAUUUUUGAAAAGUGAUGGCUUCUCAAUACUGAUGCGAGCAAUGCAAGGAGAAAAUGACAAACUCAUAACCAAGUCUGCCUUCAUGUUACGGAAUAUGCUGGUCUUAAAUCCUUCACAUAAAUUAACUCUCUUGAAGAUGGGUUUUAUUGAGCAGCUGGUUGGCCUUUUACAAGCUCCUCAGAAUGCUUCACAUGAACAUGUAAUUAGUCUGUUAAAGACCUUCCUAAUAGACUAUCCACCAGCCAUUAAUGAGUGCCAGAGACCUGAGUUUGAUCUAGAGAAACUACUGACAUCAUUGAUUACAUCAGCUAUGGAGGAUGAUCCUGAUUUGCAUGAAGAGAUGAUCCUCAACUGCAAGGAAUUGUUGCACACUUGCUUCAACAAACAGGGACAGACUCAGCCCAAUAUUGAAAAUAAUGUCAGAUAAGACUAAUAAACAUAAAAUCUCUUUAGUAUUUAUUGUGUUAGUUGGUUCAUGUACUUCCUGAGCUGUCAUAAUUUUAUCUAUCUUUGAUAGUAAUAGACUGCUAAUGAUUUCCAUGAAAUAGGUGAAUGAAAAGUAAAGCAUAUCAAGAUUCUCUCAUGCUAGAUUAAGCAUAAAUAUAUCGAAUCACAUGUAGUUAUUGGCUAAUUGAAAGGUACAGUUUUAAAUGUAUUUUUUAUGGCUGUAAACCUAAGGGCUUGACACUAACUUUUUACAUACCUUUCCAUUUUGGAAAGUAGAUUUCAAAUUUUACUUUUCAAAAUGGAGUGUGGUACCCAGACCUAACUCGGCAGCUCUCUCGAUACUCCAAUAUGGCAGAUCGGCUUUUGAAAUGCUAGAAUGGUGUAAACUUGUCCUUUUGGAGAUGGAAAAUUUGAGAAAAUCAUUAUCGGAUGGUUAUUUUUAUCCUGUAAUUAUUUUUUAUACCCACGUUUUUCACUUAACUGACUUUCCAGUGGAAAGUGGUUAAGUGUCAGUGCCAAGCCCUGAGUUUACUGAGAGCUUGAAUGUAUUUUUUUUUACAAAUGAUGUGAUAUAGAGAAAUUGAGGAAAAUAAAGUUGAUUAAUUGACCAA